GUAGACUCAGCUGUUUUUGACAGUUUCGGUGUCUAAAACGAUACAAAACGUUAAAAAGUGGUCUAGUUUUUUCAAAAGAUCAGGGUAAUCUGUAGUCAAUUCACAAGUGAAAAGGCCACUUGGAUUCUAAUGAUUAGGAAACACUUCUGUUGUAAAGAUGGAGUUUAUUAAAGAGGAGAGUGAUCCAGAAGCAUGCACAGUGAAAAAUGAAGACACUGAGGAACAAAGAGGCUUAGAAGUGAAAGUGGAAAAUGAAGAACCGAAGGAAGUGGAGGAGAAACGUCAUGAUCUAGAACCUCUCAAUGUCACAACUGGAGAAAAAUCUUCAAGUUCACCACAGACUGAAAAUAGUUUCUCUCAGGAAACAACUUAUAGAACAGAAGCCGAAAAUCCUUUCACAUGCCGUCAGUGUGGAAAGAGUUUCACACAUAAAGGAAACCUUAACAAUCACCUAAGAAUUCACACUGGAGAGAAGCCUUUCACAUGCCCGCAGUGUGGAAAAAGUUUCACAAGUCAAGGACACCUUAAAGAUCACAUAAAAAUUCACACUGGUGAGAGACCUUUCACGUGCCCUCAGUGUGGCAAGAGUUUCACACGUAAAGGAAACCUUAGGGAUCACAUCAGAAUUCACACUGGAGAAAAGCCGUUCACAUGCCCUCAGUGUGGAAAGAGUUUUACAUGUAAAGGACAGCUUAAGAGUCAUAUAGGAAUUCACUAUGAAGAAAGCCCUUUCACAUGCCGUCAUUGUGAGAAGAGUUUUAAAGUAGAAAGAUACUUUAAGAAUCACAUGAGAAUUCACUCUGAAGAGAGCUGUUUCACAUGUCCUUACUGUGGGAAGAGUUUCCCAUUUAAAGGACAAUUCGAGGAUCAUGUAAGAAUUCACACUGGAGAGAAGCCUUUUACAUGCUCUCAGUGUGGAAAGAGUUUCACACAAGUACAAAGUCUCAGAAUUCAUCUGCAGUUUCACUCUGGAGAAAGGCGAUUUAACUGUGAUCAGUGCGGACAAAAAUUUGUUUCGGCAUCAAACCUGAGAAGACACGAGAAAACGCAUACAAACAAGAGACCCUACGUGUGUUCUAUUUGUGGGAAGAGUUUUGUGUUUCUCGACUACUUUAAAGAGCACCAGGUAAUACAUACAGGUGUUAGAGCUCAUGUGUGCUCGGAGUGUGGAAAAGCCUUUGCUAGAGCCAGAGAGUUGAGACGGCACAGAAGAAUCCAUUCUAGAGAAAAACCUUGCAAGUGUUCACAUAGUGGAAAAAGUUUCACUGUAUCUGAAAGUCUGAAAGUACACGAAAGAGCGCAUACUGGAGAGAAGCCAUAGCAUUGGCCUGUAAGUUUCAGCGAAUCAAGUUAUAUAAAAGCUCAUUUAAAAAGCACUGUCCACAAAGAGUGGUCAAAAUGAGUUCAUCAAGACUUGAAUGAAAUUUCUCCCAACAGACUAAAUGAUCAUGUCCAUGCUAAUCCAUUUUAGUUUGAAAUUGCAUUAAUUUUUCUGCAAUGACAUUUUCUUCCACAGAAAAUGGAGACUUUCAAGAUUCGCACUUGUAACAGCAUACUUUGAAAAAUUAUGACGUGAAGUUUUCAGUUUAAAGUGGAUUAGUGGCCUUUGAUGGAAAUACAUUUGAAGAAGGUCAAAGUAUUUUUUCAGACAAGUAUUUCUGUGAAAUGCCACAAUUUUUCUUGGAAUGCAUUUAUAUUAUGUUUGAGUAGCAGUAGUACUAACUGUGCAUGGAGACAUUUGCGAAACUAUGGGAGCAAGUCUAUUACAUCCAUUCAUAUCCGUAACAAUUUAAGUUAUGUGCGAAUCAUAGUUGUGAUGCAUGGAAAAUUAAAAACACUUGAGAAUGAAGUAGCAUAGCGCUGGUAGCUUAACCAACAAGAGUCAACAACUCAUACUGUGUGAAUGACAUUAUGUCAUUUAGAUUUUGUAAUAAAGAAAAAAAUCAUUUUGGUCGCUCCAGUAUUUCAAAUGUGUACUUUGUAUCAAGCUUUGCCACGUGCAAGUUUAUUUAUAGGAUGUUGUUUAUUUGUUGUUCUAAAUUGGGGUGGGCCAUACCAGAAACAUGACCAAUAGAAAUUUGUCAAACUUUUAUAGUAUCGUUUUUCUGUCGUGUGCAAAUGCCACCGCCUGAUAGGGAACAUAUGAAGCCAAUUUAGGGACUUUAUUUUGAAUCUGAAAAAUAUAUGAACAUACAUGAAAGUGCGCUAUUUUAAGUUACAGGUUUCAAGUUGUAUUUUCAUUUUUUAUAGCUACAAAUCUUUCUCAGUUUCAAAUGUUCUUUUC